AUGAAGGGGCUGGUCUCAGCUCUGGGGCUUUAUGAGAGACUCAGAGGGUCCCAGCCAGAGACUCGUUUGUGCCAGGAAGUUGAACUGAUCAGGAUUGUCACCAUGGCCUGUGCCCUGCUCUUCCUUGCGCUGGUCACGUGCUGCUCAGGGGUCUGGUCGCAGCCUGUGGUGACUCAGGAGCCUGCGGUGUCCGUGUCCCCAGGAGGGACUGUCACUCUGUCCUGCAGCCUGAGCACCGGAGCCAUCACCUCCAGCAACUAUCCUGGUUGGUACCAGCAGAAACCUGGCUCUCCCCCUCGGUUGCUUAUAUACAACACCAACAGCAGGCCCUCAGAGAUCCCCACCCGGUUCUCAGGGUCCAUAUCUGGUCAGAAGGCCACCUUGACCAUCACGGGGGUCCAAGCCGAGGAUGAGGCUGACUACUACUGUAUUGUGUAUACUGGCAGCAGUGCGUGGUGCACAGUGAUAGAGAUGAAUGGGGAACUGAGACAUAAACUUCCCUUUCCACCUGCGCCUGCUGCCGACUCAUUGCUCUGGCUGCAGAGUUUGGUUUUGCCGGCUCCAUUUUCAUUAGAAACCCCUAUACACUCCCUAAUCUCUGUCACCACAGCCCAUGUCCUGCAGGUCAGCUCAGACAGCCCCUGCAGACUACCAGAUGCAUGUUUUAAAUACUCUCUGAACUUCAUUUACCAACCACAAUAUUUCAUGGUGUCAGUGGAUCAAUGA